CUGCAGGUUUUCUAGCAAGCAUUGCUGACAGUGAGACAGGACCAAAAAUCAGGUUUCUCCAUGGAACAACUACACUUGGUUUUAAAUUUCAGCAUGGUGUCAUUAUUGCUGUGGAUUCCAGGGCUACUGCAGGACCAUACAUUGCUUCGCAGUCUGUGAAGAAGGUGAUUGAGAUUAACCCUUAUCUACUGGGUACGAUGGCUGGUGGUGCUGCAGACUGUGCCUUCUGGGAGAGGGUAUUGGCUGAACAAUGCAGGAUAUAUGAACUGCGCAACAAGGAGAGGAUAUCUGUGGCAGCUGCUUCUAAGCUCUUGGCCAAUAUGCUUUACAACUACAAAGGCAUGGGCCUAUCAGUGGGUACUAUGAUCUGCGGCUGGGAUAAACGAGGCCCUGGUUUGUACUACGUUGACAGUGAUGGAAACCGUCUCACCAACAAGCUAUUCUCUGUAGGUUCAGGUUCCCCCUAUGCUUAUGGUGUCCUUGAUGAAGGCUAUAAAUGGGAAUUGAGUGUUGAAGAGGCACGUGACCUAGGUCAGAGAGCUAUCUACCAUGCCACACAUAGGGAUGCCUACUCUGGUGGUGUUGUUAAUUUAUACCACAUGCAGGAGACUGGCUGGGUGAAGGUAUCUUCAACAGAUGUCAAGGAUCUGCAUUACAGAUACCAGGAUGAGAAAGAGAAGAAAUGAAGUCAUCAUCAUGUAGAUUUCCAUUGGGUAUCCGUCAUUUAUGUAGUGUGUAAUGCAUAGUUAAAAUAAAAGGGGGUGGGGGUAGUAGAAGGGAAUUUCUGUCCAAGUCCAAUUGAGUCCAUGGGGAUCAAAUUUUCCGAUGAUACAUGCAUACUCUUCAUAUGUAAAAUUCUUUUAAACACUCUAAAUUCCUGAGAAGACUCAAGUUCUGAGAAGAUAAAUGGAAGCUUGUUCACAAAAAGAUGAUUUGGCAUUUCUCACACAAAUAAUAAUGAUAGGCAUUUGUAUAGCGCCAUCUAUCUAGAAACAAUCUAUUCCGAGGCGCAUUUUUAUUAUUAUUGAAUUACAUUGGAAAAAAAAGCUGUUAGUUUUAGAUAGACUACCAGUACUCUAUCUUGCUUGUAUGAUAAAAUUCUACUCUUGAGUUAUAUAAAUAUGAUAUUAUUUGAUGAUAUGGACUUGCUGAAAAGCAGAUUUGGGGGCUAAUGUGAGUUUUCUGUGAAUAAAUAAAAGUCAUAAAUAUUCAAUCAAUUGAAUUACACAAUUUUUGACAUAUUUAUACUUCUGUUUUUUAUGUUUUUAUUUUUAUUUUUUUAUUUACAUCUGCUGAGAGAUUUCAAAGGAAAUUGAUGGGACUAUUAAAAAUCACCCAAAACUUUUUUGGGGGCAUGCAAUCACUUUUUUGAAUCAGCAUACUGUUUCCUUAUUGUAGUAGACUAUUUUUCAGAAAAUCAAAUUUUGUAUUAUUUUCCACUUUAACACCGCGUAUGGGGGUUUUCCUUGCGCACUGCAUAUUUUAAGACCAUGCACAGUGUUACCACUGGGGCCACAUGUUUGCAUGCUCACACGAUUUUAAGAAUAUCAAUCCGAUUGCACCAUUUUCUAUGCUAACACUGUUUUCAGAAUACCACCCCAGAAAGUAUUUCUUCGAAGUGGAAAGUUGAUAUAUACAAUUGAGGCCAGAAUUUCACAUACACCCAGGAAAUUCAAACAAAAGUUGAUACUUGCCAAAAAUAAAAUUUACUGUAUCUUGUGAAAUAUGUGUGCUAUCAUGGCGAAUUUGAUAUCAAACAAAUGAGUAUGUCAUGCCCAUUCAUCAGUGAUGAUCACAUCGCUUUGUCAUCAGGAGCUGAAAAAUAUUUAGGUGUCAUUUUUGUCUCGCCUGCAUAGCAGAGCGAGACUAUAGGCGCCGCUUUUCCGACGGCGGCGUCAACAUCAAAUCUUAACCUAAGGUUAAGUUUUUGAAAUGACAUAACUUAGAAAGUAUAUGGACCUAGUUCAUGAAACUUGGACAUAAGGUUAAUCAAGUAUUACUGAACAUCCUGCCCGAGUUUCAGGUCACAUGACUAAGGUCAAAGGUCAUUUAGGGUCAAUGAACUUAGACCAUGUAGGGAGAAUUAUUUUCAAAAUCUUAACCGAAGGUUAAGUUUUUGAAAUGACAUCAUAACUUAGAAAGUAUAUGAACCUAGUUCAUGAAACUUGGGCAUAAGGUUAAUCAAGUAUUAGUGAAGAUCCUGCUCGUGUUUCAGGUCACGUGACCAAGGUCAAAGGUCAUUUAGGGUCAAUGAACUUUGGCCAAGUUGGGGGUAUUUGUUGAAUUACCUUCAUAAAUUUGAAAAUUUAUGGAUCUAGUUCAUGAAACUUGGACACUAGGUUAAUCAAGUACCACUGAAUAUCCUGUGCGAGUUUCAGGUCACAUGACCAUGGUCAAUGGUCAUUUAAGGUCAAUGAACUUUGGCCGUGUUGGGGGUCUUUGUUGAAUUACCAUCCUAACUCUGAAGUUUAUGGAUCUAUUUCAUAAAACUUGGGAUAUAAGAGUAAUCAAGUAUCACCGAACAUCCCCUGUGAGUUUCAGGUCACAAAACCAAAGUCAAAGGUCAGUUAAGGUCAAUAAACUUAGGCCAUGUUGGGGUAAUUGUUGAAUCGCCAUCAUAACUUUGAAAGUUUAUGGAUAGAGUGAAUGCAAUGUGGACAUGGGUGUAGUUGACAAGUCUUAAGUCACCGUUCAAAUGUCAUCUAUGGUCAAUGAACGUGGUAUUAUGUCAUUAUAUGAAUGGUGUUUUUGUGAAUGAUUAUUUUAUAGUAGUUUUCAAAGUUAGCACUGCUGCUAUAUUAAAUCGCGUAAUGCAGGCGAGACUGCCAGAGGCGUUCCACUUAUUGCCCCCAAGAAUCUUCAUAUUUUAGACAAAUUUAAAAAUAAAAACUUGACAAAAACUUUUCAUAUUUGUGCUAGUUACUUCUCAACAAAAACAUUUCAGAUUACAAUUUUUUGUUCAGUGGUGACGUAUCAUGAUAGAAAAUGUAAUAUGAAUCUUUCUUUUAUAUAUUUCUAUGAAACGAUGUUUGAAAAUAUAAUAACAAACAAUAGAAUACAUUUGGCAUGAAUAUUGAUUUUUUUCCUUCAAAGAAAAUUUCACCUGAAAUAUACUUUAAUCCCAACGGCAUCCCAAUCAUGUGAAAGAGCUUUAAUAUGUUCUUUCAUUUGAUACCAAAUUCGUCAUGGUAGUAUUUUUAUUUCUGAAGGUAUAGUAAAUUGUACGAUAAUAACGGUAUAUUUACCCAGGGUAGCCACUUCAGUUCCAAAAACUGUUCUCCCAGCGGACCCUGCUAUUAUUACCCGGCUAAGCUAGGCUACCUAUUCGGUGCACACAGCUUUUUGAGGAAUUACUUCCUGCCGGUACCCAUUUACCUCACCUUGGUCGAGUGCAGCACACUGGAUGAAUUCCUUGCUGAAGGAAAUUACGCCAUGGCUGGGAUUUGAACCCACGAACCUCUGUUUCAAAGUCCGGGGACUAAUCCACUAGGCCACGACACUUCACAAUGUUUGGCAAGUGAACAAAUUUCACUGUAUGUAAAUUUUUUGGCCUCAAAAUAUCACAUGAGGACUUUGGGUCCUUUGUAGAUCAUCAAUUUUGACAGAAUAUUUUGAAUACACAUUGAAUCUAAUUGGAUCUAGAUUCCUUUGAAAUCAUUAUGAAACAUUUUGUUUACAUUCCUAGUUUGUCAAUUGUUAAUAAUAAUAAAUAACUUGGCUAAAAUUCA